CUUCCUGUAAUGCCUAUACACGAAUUUCUAGUGUUAUCCUUGUAAACUUGAGCACCUCCUCCAGCGCUAGGUUUGCCCUUCCAAAAGUCUAAUUAUGAGACAACGUGGUCCAUUUCGAAGAACUACAUUUCCCACAGUGCAUGGCAAGGAAGCACGCUUGGCGCAUGCGUUGUCUGUCUCCAUGACCCGUUGAAAUCGUCACCAUCGCGCGGAAGGUGUAUGUGUCUACUGACGUGGAGCUAAACCAACCGAAAUGCCGCAAACAGCGACUGACAGGCACCCAACCACUCACCGACGGGGCAAUGGGCGGGCUUGAAUGUGGACAGCCAGUCAGCAUCGCGGAGGUGGGCAGGCCUUCCGGUGUUGCGUUGCCUGGGUUGAUUCCGGAGGCUAGCAACUGUUGCCUUGAGGACGAGCGCCAUAGCCACCGUAGUCCUGGCGACUGUUACCCCGUCAAACAACAACUUACGCCACAAAGUGGACAAAGUGGAGAGUGGCAUUUAACAGUACCACCUGCAGAGGUUGGUAUGGCAACACAGGCCUAUGUUACAGAACUCCCACCAGCUCAACAACAGCCUCAACAGCAGCAGCAACAGUCGCAGUCGCAACAGCAGCAACAACCAACUCAACAACAGUAUGUCACAGACUUGCAGACUGCUACACAACCAUCACAGCAACAACAACAGCAACAACCACCAUCAUCCCAAAAACAAUAUGUCAGUGAACUGCAGGUAUCGCAGCAGCAACAACAGCCUCCUGCUCAGUUGUCACCAGUAUCAGCACCACAGCAGUACAUUGUGGUUACAGUUUCAGAAGCAAACAUGAGGCCAACCGAGACAGGUUCGGAUUCCAGCUCCUCUUCAGCUGGUGCACAGUCUGGAGUGCCGACACAGGUGGUACAGCAAGUUCAGGCAUCGCAGCAGAGGUCUGUUGUGCAAACAACACCCCAGGCUGCUAAAACUAGCCAAGUUCAACAGUUAUCAGUACAAGCACUUCAGCAAGUUCAUGUUUCUCAGGAGGUUCAGCAGUUACAACAGGUCCCAGUGCAGCCGGUUCAGCAUGUCUACUCGAAUCAAGUGCAGUAUGUAGAAGGGGGUGAUGCCAGCUAUACUGGAAGCACAAUACGUUCAAAUACCUACCCUUAUUCAGAAACUCAGCUGUACAACCAGAACACAAGCGGGAGUUACUAUGAAUCUCAGGGGACACCAAACCAGGUUGCCACGCCGGUGACUUCGCAGAACGUGGUCAGUAGUGGAACGGUGCCAAUGUAUGUCACGGGAGGGCAGAUUGUGGCCAACCCAGGAGGAGGGACCUAUGUCAUCCAGGGAGGUUACAUGCUGGGGAGCUCCAGUCAGUCUUACAGUCACACCAUGCGUGCCUCUCCAGCCACAGUUCAGUGGUUAUUAGAUAACUAUGAAACUGCAGAAGGAGUGAGUUUGCCUCGAAGCACACUUUAUUGUCACUACCUGUUACACUGUCAGGAGCAGAAACUGGAGCCUGUAAAUGCUGCCUCAUUUGGCAAACUGAUAAGAUCAGUAUUCAUGGGACUCCGAACCCGGAGACUUGGCACACGGGGAAAUUCAAAAUAUCACUAUUAUGGACUUCGCAUUAAAGCAAACUCACCUUUAAUUCGACUGAUAGAGGAUCAACAACACCUGGCCAUAAGGCAACAGCCAUUUACACAGAAACAGAGUCCGUUUUCUCCUUCAUGCUACAGACUCAAGCCAAUCCAGAAGGUGGAGGGGAUGACAAAUGGUAUGGGAGUUGGGCAGCAACAGGGUGGUGGCCUGUCAGAUAUCAGCGCGCAGGUCCAGCAGUAUCAGCAAUUCUUGGAUGCUUCUCGGGCUCUACCAGAAUUUGUUGAAAUAGACUUGCAGGGAAAAACAUUGCCAGAUGGUAUCACUAUGGAACACAUCAAGGCUUUCCAACUACUCUAUCGGGAGCACUGUGAGGCUAUCCUGGAUGUUAUGGUGAACCUACAGUUUACUCUGGUUGAAACUUUGUGGAAGACAUUUUGGCGAUACAACACUUCCCAGUCAAGUGAUGGCUCAGGAUUGUCAGUUCACGAUGAAUCUGAGAAGCGCCUCCCUAAGUCAUGCCUGGUUGUUCUCUGUAAGUAUGAGCCGUCUCUGAAGUGGACAAAAUACUGUGAUAACAUGCUUUACCAAGGUCUGGUGGAGAUCCUUAUCCCAGAUGUCUUACGACCUAUCCCGAGUGCCUUGACUCAAGCAAUUCGAAAUUUUGCAAAAAGUUUGGAAAGCUGGUUAACCAAUGCAAUGAUGAAUGUUCCUGAAGAAAUGGUUCGUGUGAAGGUGGCAGCUGCAAGUGCCUUUGCACAGACUCUGAGACGUUACACAUCAUUAAAUCAUCUUGCUCAGGCAGCCCGUGCUGUGCUGCAGAAUACUGCACAGAUUAACCAGAUGCUGAGUGAUUUAAACCGAGUAGAUUUUGCAAAUGUUCAGGAACAAGCUUCAUGGGUGUGUCGUUGUGAGGAUGGUGUUGUGCAAAGGCUGGAACAGGAUUUUAAAAUGACUUUACAGCAACAGAACUCCUUAGAGCAAUGGGCAUCCUGGUUAGACAGUGUGGUAACCCAGGUCCUCAAACCAUAUCAUGGCAGUCCUAGUUUCCCCAAAGCUGCCAAACAGUUCCUGCUCAAGUGGUCCUUCUAUAGUUCAAUGGUGAUUCGGGAUUUAACUUUAAGGAGUGCAGCAAGUUUUGGGUCCUUUCAUCUCAUUCGCCUUCUAUAUGAUGAAUACAUGUACUAUUUGAUAGAGCAUCGUGUGGCACAAGCAAAGGGAGAAACACCCAUUGCUGUCAUGGGUGAGUUUGCUGAUCUAGGACGGGCUUUAAACCCUCUGGAUCCUGACAAAGAUGAGGAGGAAGAGGAAGAAGAAAGUGAUGAUGACAGUCAACAGGAAAUUCCAAUGGACAAUGAACCAACAUUAGUAACAGAUGCCAUGGAGCCACCAGCCAAAUUGCCACGGACAGAUUCAAGGGGAGUGUUCGUCCAAGCACCACCAACCAACUGAGAAUAAAACUUUCUGCUCUCUACUGAAGAUACUGACCCAUGUUGGAAUAUAAUCCAGUGGUGACGGUGCUGCAAUGUCUUCACCCAUAUGGUCAUUCUCAAUGUUUGAGCCUGGCCAGUGGGUGUCAACAAUGUGACAUCACAAUUGAAUUUGAUUCUGUCUUUAACCCACGUAUCCAUGCACAUUUUAUACGAGGAAACACUAGAUAAUAAUCAGACAACUUUUUCACUUUGUUAGCCUUUCACAUAACCUCUUCUGUCAAGGCCUGUAUGGUCACUAUCCAUUGAUGAUUAUCUUGUUUUGAAUUCUUUUAUCUCCUCACUCUUCUUUCCUUCCGUUAAAUAAGCAGUGAAGAGCUGAAUUAGAUUUUGUUGUCUUUCAGAAAUCUAUCUCUUAAGUGACGCUAGAGUGUAAAUUCAUGUGAGGAUUUCCUACUUGAGACCCCAGUCCUGUCAUGCUACAAAGCAUAGUCUUUAAGCUUGUAAGAAGAGCUAAAUGAAAUACUCUGCAGUCUUUGAAUUACUUUAUAAUUUAUGCAGGAAGAGUGCAACAGUUCCCAAAGAGUUAUCUAAUAAUGUGUUUUUAUAAAUUUAAGGUUACAAACCAAUGCUUUGCCUCACUAAGGUUGACUUUUCACCUGGUCCAAAGUCUAAUUCUGAAUAUUAAUUCUAAAUAAUGACCAACGCAAUAUUAAAUUGGCUGCAAGACAAGAACGAAAGGAGCAAAAAUCAAUAGGUGGCACAGCCUUAUUAGUUGAAGCGGUAACACUAAAGCCACUCAGAAAUUGGGCAGGUUAUCAGCUCAUCAAAAUGCAAAACAUAUCAUCUCAGUACCAGGUGCAGGAAUUUUGAGUCGAAAGUUCACUCACUGUCUAAAAUAUGCCUUUAAAGUGUAAAUCAUAGCCGUAAUGGUCAUGCUUCAACUAAUAGAAAAUAUCAGUAGAAACCAAGAAAUUGUUGACCUAUGCCUUGUUCAGCUGUGAUCAACAAACUUUGUUACAAUUCCAAUUUUCUUUUACUUUUACAAUCUACACACAGUGAAGAAGGAUAUUUAAAUAUUUAGUGAAUGUAAAAUGGAUUGAGCAGUUGACCCUGCAAAUUAACCUGUUUUGGAGGUAAUGGAAAAUAUUGGGCUUUAAUUGUAUUCUGAUCAAUUAGAUCCCACAACAUGAUUGACCCAGAAGGAACACAUUAGUUUAAUGGCUGACAUUGAUGCUGUUUGUCUUUGUAAUCCACUGCCAAUAAAUGUUCAUUCACCUGUUAACAUACAUAGUCUCCCUCCCUGCACUACUGUCCAGUGGUGUCAACAAAAAUGAUUUGCCCAUGUGACACCAUUAAAAAUAGCAAAGGUAUUAUUUCAGUGCAGCAUGAGCUACAGCUUUGCCUAGGCAGGUGCUGAGCAGUCCUUCCCAUGUUGUAUCUAAUGCAAUCACUAUUGGAUGAUUGAAGUAAUCUUCUGACAUACCGGUGGAAAUUCCUCACAAGGGAAUUAAAAAAUUUAAAUGUAAAAAAGCUUUUUUUUUCAAAAAGGAAGCAAUGGUCAUUUUCUUCUGUUAAAAUUUAAGCUUAAUGAUUAACCAGGAGCAGAACCAUGAAGUUUCAAUCUGUGAACCUCACUGUGCCACAAGGUCUGUUUCUUUGGCUGUGCUUUUCUCCCUGCAACUAAUUCAAGUGACCAUCAUAUUGAGAGGUUACUGUAUUUGGAUACUUGGUCAGUCAAGACUUGAGUGCAAAAUACUGAAGCUGUAAAUGAAUGACUAAUUCAAUGCUGAAAAAUUUCCUCUCUUAAAUUAGAUCUGGUAAAGUAAAGGUACCUCAUAUAAACAUGCAUUUUACACUACUAACAGGAUCCUUCAGGAAAACAACCCAAAAAAAGGAAAUUAUUCAAACUGCUCUUUAUCAAAUAAUUGUUUUACUUUGUGUUAGUAAAGCAAGAAAUAGCUAUUAAUUUCACUUGUGUUGAUGUCAUUAAACUAGCAGGUGACCUUAUUCUCUACGAUAUGGUAUUUAACUUGUUUUAGGAAAUUAAUAUAAAGAAAUUCAGUUCUGUUAGACAUGUUAUUUCUAUUUUUAUUUGAAUGAUGAUUCUUGGCAAGACUGAAGUAUAAAAUAACAGAUCAAAUCCUGUUUUCAUAUUUUAUUUUGUGAUUCUACUAAAAGCAUUAAAUAGUGACUUUGAUAAUGAAAGGGAAAGUAAAGGUUGGUGAAGGAAGAAGUGUUGUAAAAAUACUGAAUUUCCCUUUAACUGAAUGAAAAAGAAGUGCAAUAAGGUUGAAAUGGCAGGUAACUUCAUGGUGUAAUAAAAUGUUUUUGGUAACAGAAAAAGGUGACCAAUAUAUAUCUUUUAAAUCUUCUUAAAACGUUAUCUUUGAUAGAGUUUAAUUAGAUUUUAUUUUAGAUCACAGUUAUUUUAAGAAAGCAGUUAAGCCCACGUAAUCUUGGUUCUAGUUCACCUGUGUGAUGAUCUAAAAAAGUAUUUAGUGCUAUGGUUUACUUCUCCAGUCUAGAUUAGUGUUCUUUCCAAAGCUUAAAGAUGAAUCUAACUGGCUUCUUUCAAUACGAUGAUGAAAUUUAGAUGGAAAGCUCCCAUGUAAGUACAAGGUUAUUUGACUAGACUUUUCUGUGGUCUUGUCAUGUCUGAAGAAGCCAGUAUGGGCCCAUAGCCAGACUCUCAAACAAAAGCUGAGGAGAUAGUUCCCUUAAACCUCUUGUGACUGAUAGUUUUAUUUUGUCUGUGUUUGUUUUAUUCUUUUCCAAGUGCAAUUGAACAGGUUUAUUCUCUGUUUCAUUAAUAUAUCCAUUUAGUACUGAUUUAGUACAAGAUCUGAGAAUUGUGGCCAGCCUCAAAAGAGAGAGAGAAAAUUAGAUACUUUGUUAUAAAACCAAAAAGUGGUAGCAAUUUGCAAUAUGUUAUACCUUUGUUCAAAACCUAGGGACACUGUUACUAGUUGUAUAUUUAAUUGGAAGCUUAUGUUCACAGGUGUACAAAUUGAAUUAUAAUUGAGUACUGUGGGCCAGAUGGCAACAAUUAAACAGGCCUGACGAGACCUUUGAAGGCUCCAAUAUUUGGAUUGACAAGAGCAGGAGCUUUUAGGCACACUCAUCCAAUUGUACACACUAUAACUAACAUUGGCCUGAUGUGCCUCUGUUUACAUCUAUCUCUAAUCUAUCUGUUGACGCAAUUAUAUUUCCAAUUUCAAAUGCAAUGUCGCCCCCUCAUCUGCCAUUUCCUCUUUUUUCUUUCAUAAUCAGACAACCUGGUUUUCUCUUAAAUAUAUGUGGGGUCUGGGAGAGACAAUGUUUGUAUUCAGAUUGUCAGUCCUGGAGAACAUGUAUUCACUUGAAAAGUAUUAUAAAACCAAGCACAUGUUAUGCUGGAUUGAAAAGAUGAACGUGGGAGCCAUAUUUACGAUCUUCUCAUGUAAAUUGCAUGUACACACCAAAAAGGCUGCUUCUCAUCUAAACACUCCUCCUGCAUUAAACCUUUUUCAUUCUGAAGUCAUGGAAGUGAUGUGAUCAUCCACAACUCCUGCAUAUAACAUAAUGCAUUACAGUUCAUUUUCAACACUCCAGUAAAAACUAUUCAUUUCACUAUUAAGUUGAGUAUUUUCGAUAGUUAAUCAUCAAUUAGUUACUUGUUCCUGCAACUUUUUAAAUACUUUCUGUGAGUCUUAUAGUUGUUUCUGUUUUGAAGCCCUGGUGUUAGGACAGUGAGUUUGGUCAGGUUAUGUUCUUGGAGAAAAUACAAACCUUUGUUUUUUUGCUGCUGCAUUUGAAUUUACCUUACCUUCAGUCACUUAACAUCCAUACAUUUUUGCACCUAGCUUUGCUAGUAGGUUAUAUUAGACUUGUCUCUUCAUAGUUAGUUGAUGAUGACUCAUUAUUAAAAUAUCAAAAACAGAUUGGAAAAAGAAAUGCUGUUUUCACUUGGUCCACCACACAAUAGCACAAUACAAGAAAGCAGUUUGAACUCAAAAGUCAAGAACAUAAUCAUUCUAGGUCAGAUAGAGACAUAAGUAAGGCAUUAUAGCCACUCCUACACUAAAGCACAAACCAAAAUGUGUCAACAUAGGUUUAAAUACAGGGUGUUAGAUCUUCUACUGUUCAUACUAAUUUAUGUAGUUUUCUUCAUAAAUCUUCAAUUCCCAUUGGCCUCAGAAAUCGGUUAGAGAAAACAGUCCCUCUUUUGUAAUCCGAUAUUUUCCUACUACAAACACUUCAGGUACCUCAGUGUGUGUGCAAAGUAUGAUGUGGUGGUGCUGGUGUUGGACUGGGUGGACAAAGUUAAAAAUCACCAGGUUAACCUGGUGUGUGAUUUUUAACCUAGUUGCAAAGUACUGAGACAAACUCAGCAAUCCUCCUGAUCUAGCAGUGAUUUCACUUUCUUCACCAAUUGAUGUCAGUCUUAAUCACCACUCAACCAAGAUAAGAUCCAAGUUUCUUCUGUGAAGCUAAUUAAUGAAUGACCAUCUCCUUUGAAAAUGGGAUUGUAGUAUCGCAUUCCAAUUUUUUUCUUUCUGUAAGCCCCCACCCUCAACCAGUCAAAAAUUAUUUCUACCGGAGAAGAAUUAAAAUGUUAUAUUUAUCUGUUUUGAUGGUAAGAAAAUUCACUCAAAUUAAUAUAAUUUCAAUGUGGAAAGUUUAGUAUAAAGAUCCUUUCCAUCUCACCAUGAGCCAAGACACUGUCCUGAGCCUGUUAGAUCAUAUCCAAGAUUAAAUGGAAAAUUAGAAUCAGUUUUCCUUAGAUCAAAGCUUUUGUCAAUGUACCCGUAACUAUUUCACCUCCAUCAUAAUUAUCUAAAUGCUACCCAAGUAAAGUGACUAUGUAGUUUUUGUAAAGUAUAAAGUAGAUAAUUGCUGCUGUUCAUUUUCUAAUUAAAUGUCAAUUAAACUAAAUUGAAGAGAACCACUUAAAAUAUCUGAAAGUAAGCUGCUAAAAAUCCUCCUGCACUAUCACUGCCCACAGCAUUUAAUUUGUUUAGUUUCUCACCAGUUCUUUCACCCUUUUCUAGAUGUGUUGACUUGAGGAUGAGGCUGAAUUUUCUGCAUACUAAUUCUAACUAGUUGGGAAACUCACCCUAAAUUGCCACAGUAUAUCACAAGGUCUAAUAUACCAUUGGGGGUGGGCAUUAUUCAUGUGCAAGUCUUGAUUGCAGGAGGGAAUCAAUCAGAGCCCAAGUUUCCUCUCAUCUGAUAUUGGAGUGUGGGUGCUGGCCUGCCAUAACAAAUACAAAAUGGAAGUCAAAACCAUUUGAAGCUAAAAUAGUUUGAAGUCUGCAAUGAUUCGUUGAUCUUUAGAGGGUGAUAAAAUUAAAAUACAAAAUAUAUGGAGUGCAGCAGUUCCAUUCCUCAUGUGAAUAACCAUAACUUGUAACUUGAGUAGUUGCAUUGAUGAGAGUGUGGUGCUGGAAAGGCACAGCAGGUCAGGCAGCAUUCGAGGAGCAGGAGGAUCGAUGUUUCGGGCAUAAGGCAUUCAUCGGGAAUUGACAUCCAUUUUUGGGGGUUUUUUUUGUAUACUCAGUACAAACUAACCAUGGAAUUUACAAUAACUUUUCACUCUUAACUUAUUCUGGCAAUCAAUAUGUGAAUAUCUGAUUCUGGUAUUGAGUACUUCAACAUCUCAGUGUCCUGGAUGUAAGUUUGCUCACUGAGCUGGAA